ACCCAGAGAGCCCAAACCCAGACAGAUAUCUGCCCACGGCGUCUGGCGGUGAGAGAGCAGCGUCAUAGUUGGCUGAGGGCCUUUCAGUCUGGAAUAAAACGGGCUCAACGAUUGGCUUGAUUUUUUGCCCGAGACAACUCAGGCGGCCGAUGUUUUCUCUUUCCUCUUUUGUUAUUGCAAGCAAGCAAGCGAAAUACUAGAGGCGAGGGGAACAGCAGGAUGUACGAAUGGACACAGAGAAGCUGAUAGACUGAUAACAGUCGAGACACGCCGCGGUUGAGACACAGACAGGGGGAAAGGGAGAGACACAUUUGGAAUACUUUCGAGCCUUCCCUACUUAUGUCUGUUUUGUCCUGAACUGCUGUUGAUUUGGAGAUGUCGAUGGUGAACCCCCCCAACAGCAACGACGCCUGCCUGAGCAUCGUGCACAGCCUCAUGUGCCACAGGCAGGGUGGCGAGAACGAGGGCUUCGCCAAGCGCGCCAUUGAGAGCCUGGUCAAGAAGCUGAAGGAGAAGAAGGACGAGCUGGACUCGCUCAUCACCGCCAUCACCACCAACGGGGUGCACCCUAGCAAGUGUGUCACCAUCCAGAGGACCCUAGAUGGACGUUUACAGGUUGCAGGGAGGAAGGGAUUCCCCCAUGUCAUCUACGCUCGCCUCUGGCGCUGGCCGGAUCUCCACAAGAACGAAUUGAAGCACGUCAAGUUCUGCCAGUUCGCCUUUGACCUCAAGUAUGACAACGUCUGCGUCAACCCCUACCACUAUGAGAGGGUGGUGUCUCCUGGUAUUGUUGGUCUCAGCAUUCAGAAUGCAGGCCCCCCAGGUCGACUGAUAAAAGAGGAGUACAUCCAGGACUGCAUCCAGAUGGACCUGCCCCCCAGGAUGCCUCCCCACCCUGAGCGCUACAGCCAGCCCCUGCCGCCGCUGCAGAUGCCCCCGGAACCGCCCCGCGCCCCCCUGCCCAUCACCCUGUACCCCAGCAUGCCCCUCUCUCCGCCAGUCAGCAGUUCCAUGAUGGGCGGGCCCAUGUCCGUGGGCGGGCACGGGGGAGGAGGUGAGGGCUUGCUUCAGAUCGCCUCCCCCCAAAGCCAAGGCGCCACGUCGCCCCCCACCACCCCCACGCACGGACCUCCGCCGCCCUCCCGGACACCGCACACCCCUCACCCACCCCAGCCCCCGACCCCGCACACCCAGCAGAGCGACUACACAAGGGGGCCCCAGCACACCCAGGGCUCCUACCAUACAACCUGGACAGGCACCAGCACGGCCUCCUACACCCCUGUAGGACCCCAGCAUAAUGGGCGGAGCCACCAGCAACCGCCACUGCACCACCCCAACCGCUUCUGGUCUCAGCAACAUCACUCUUCUCCUGCCUUUCCUCAGCCUGUCUCCAACCAUCCAGGUCCGGAGUUCUGGUGCUCCAUCUCCUACUUUGAGAUGGACAUCCAGGUGGGGGAGAUGUUUAAGGUGCUGGCCAACUGCCCCGUGGUGACGGUGGACGGCUACGUGGACCCGUCUGGAGGCGACCGCUUCUGCCUGGGCCAGCUCAGCAACGUGCACCGCACCGACUCCAGCGAGAGGGCCAGGCUCCACAUCGGGAAGGGGGUCCAGCUGGAGUGUCGCGGUGAGGGCGACGUGUGGAUGCGUUGCCUUAGCGACCAUGCCGUUUUUGUCCAGAGCUACUACCUGGACAGGGAGGCGGGGCGCGCGCCGGGCGACGCCGUGCACAAGAUCUACCCCGGGGCAUACAUCAAGGUGUUUGAUCUGCGUCAGUGUCACAGGCAGAUGCAGCAGCAGGCGGCCACGGCCCAGGCUGCGGCUGCAGCUCAGGCGGCUGCAGUAGCGGGGAACAUCCCCGGGCCGGGCAGCGUGGGCGGGAUCGCACCGGCAGUCAGCCUCUCGGCGGCGGCGGGGAUAGGGGUGGACGACCUCAGGCGUCUGUGCAUCCUGCGGCUGAGCUUCGUGAAGGGUUGGGGCCCCGACUACCCGCGGCAGAGCAUCAAGCACACCCCCUGCUGGGUGGAGGUUCACCUACACCGCGCUCUGCAGCUCCUGGACGAGGUGCUCCACACCAUGCCGCAAGCCGACCUCGGCCAGAUCAACUGAGGAGAGUUUGCCGUGUGAGUGGGAGGAUGUGACGCUUCAUGAGGGGAGUUGACUGUCUGCUAAUCAUCCAGUUUACUUUUCUCCACAAAACCCUUCUGUACAUGGUUACAAAGAUUUAUAUUUUUAUUUUAUUUAGAUUUAUAUUUUUUUGAGUGUCUCCUCUGGUGGAGAUAUCCAGCAGCUUUAAUAUCUGGAAUGGGGACCAACCCUGUUCAGGGAUACAAAAGGAUAAGUGCUGUGUUUGGAGCUGUAAUGCUGCCUUGAUUAUAGUGCCACUGAGCCUAACUGGUUUUUAGAGUGUCAAAGGAAUGCUGCUGACCUGGAGCUUCCAUUAGAUCGGUCUGUUCAACUCUCUGUGGUUGCUGUGACAAUAGGGAUGAUGGUAAAAACUGGUGCGGUCAUGGAAUGAAUUAGAUAUGGCACUUCUCCACCUUGAGUUGAAUGUGCUGAAUCAUUUAUACAGAUAAACAAUCAAAUCACCUUCAAAACAGUUAAUCUAAUCAGUCUGACUUACCAGUCUGUGAGGAGAAUGGGCACUGUGUUCUCUCAAUCUAUGACUCACUCCAAAGAAAAGUACAGUUUUCUGACACAAGGUAUUUUAUGUCUAAAUGUAUUAUAUCCCUAUGUUAGUACUCCCAAUGUUCCUCCGGCCAAUUGUAGUUCAAGUUCAGACAUGGAUUUCUUUAAGACAUCUUACAAUGUAUCAAUAGAUAUAUCUCAUAAAUAGAAUACAGAUGUGGAGCUAUAGAGUGUGAACUUCCAAAGAUAGCCUAAAGACCCAAACUGUUUGAGUGAGUUUCCAAACAAAUAAUACAUUGCUACAACCAAAGGCAACCAAUGAUUCAAAUUAGGUUGUAAUUGACAAUCAUAUGUAAAAAGAGAGACAUCUAGUGGGCAAUUUGAGAGUUACUACAUGGCGUUGGAAAAAUACUGAAAGAUGAAUGCGAGAAAAUUGAUUGCACCAUCUUCUUGCUCUUUCAAAAUCUAAAGCCAAAUGGUUUGUUGACAAAAUGUACUAUUUGAACUGUGUGUAUCUCAUUUAGCUUGACUUGCCUUCGGAAAUACAAUUUUGCCUUAUGUAAUGUGGGAAAUAGUUCAGAAUGUAAGCGUCUAUACUGUAUGUGCCUUGAAGUUAUUUAUUUUUUUAUGUUAUAGUGUUAUUUUAGUGCAGCUGCUUGCUUAUUGCCUUUACAUGGUACACAUGUGUAGUGUGGUUCUUGUAAAUCAAAUAAUAAAGAUAGCAAAAUGAUUAGAAGUGUUUCAUCAGCUGAAAUCCCUGCUGGAAGUCAGUUGUCUAUUGAUUGUAAUUCGUUUAGCUUAAUUUAAAAUAUAGUGUGCUACUAAACAUUUGCAUUGAUUUGUAAACGGUGUCUGCACCUCAUAACUAUGACUGUUUAUUAAAAUGGAAACUUUUCAAUAA